AUGCCCUCUGGACGUAGGACUCGACCACCGGCACCGAGCCUCCCUACUCGGACUCGGCCUGAGACAUACGACGAUGAUAUUCCUGAGAGCGAACCUCACCAGGGCGCUGGAGCUGGAUCUGAAGAUCAGACCGUGUCUGAAGCCAGGACAGAUCAUAUUACCGAGCUACCUAUUGAUGAUGGUUCGUUCGUCUCUUCAGACGCCAAUCCACUAAUUGAUGACAAUACGGAUAUAUUGGACUUUGCCUUUCUCUGGCUGAGAGAUCCGGAAAGCGCUGCAAAGCAUCUGAGCGAAAAUCUGUGCAUUUUCCAAAUCCCCGACUUCCAAUUUCUUCUAGAAGCGAUGAGGUGCGAAUCGGAUGGAAAGCCUCGGCUUUGUCUCGUCUUGAGCCAGCUAUAUCUCCUAGUUAGACGAUUCCAAAGCCUCCCAGAGGAAGAAAAGGAAGGCUUCCUCGAUAAUAUGGUGAAUGUGGACCUUCAGAAUAAGGACAGCCCUAUGUUCAGACAGCUGGUCAGCACCGUCCAACUUUUUGUUACGCGGAAAACGGCUCACGAUAUUUCACCUUCUGUCGAACGGCUGAACGUGUCCAUGGAUGCGGUACAGCUCCAUCGUCGUCGAUCAAGUCACCAUACAUCGUCUCUUCCCAAUGUUGAGGAGGAAGAAAGCCCGGGAAUGGGCAUACGUCGUGGCUCCAGAUCGGAUAUUACGACGCCAUUGGCCGCGGGUUACUACGUACGAUCGAGCAAGUUCUUCAGUCUUGGUCGUGUAUUUAUUAUGCUCUGGCAUGAAAAUGCAACGGCCGCCAAUAGAUAUCUUAGGGAUUCGGGCACGACCGUUCCCGGACUACACGGAGAAAAGGUAUUUUCACAUAUAAGGCGGUUCGUGGUUGUUCAUAAAGGUCAUGGAUUCUCAUGGGCGAUUCCCAUCAACACUUACCAGGGAAAGGGCCUACUUCGCGGUGGGUUCGAUCAGGACGAAAUCGACGCACAUGCCAUCAUUCACAUGGAAGGCACCAACCCCCAACCCAUCGCCGGAGAACCCAGGAUGACCAAAACACCAAUCAUUGUUGACAAUACUACCAAAGACAAGAAGCUGGAGCCGUCUAGUCGAAUUCGAUUUGACAAGGUGUUCACGAUUGAGCAUAAUGUCAAAACAAGAAAUGUGGGCAAGAUAUCGAGAAAAUCUUUGCCCUACUUUUGGACAUAUUGGCGGGCUGAAGCCCAAAAAGCCAUACCGAUCGCUGGCCCAGCUGGCCCAGCUAGCCCAGUGACAUGA